AUGCCAGAGAACGCAGAGGCCGUCUCAGCCACUCUAACCACCAACAGGAACUGUACUAUAGAGCUCACCAAUGUCACCACCGGUUACUGUCUCAUCAACCCCAAGGUGUAUAUGUCCAGUGGUUACUGCUACCACCCACCCCAGCCCACCGUCCGCACCCCCAAGACAGAGGUGUGCUCCUUCACCAAGGAUGACGACACAGCCACGGGCGCCGUGGGGGUCCUGACCUACGACCUUUUCCACAUGCAGAGCCGCGUGUGCUCAGAACGCAUGGCCAUCAUGUUCUCCGUGCCCUACGACUACAACUUCUACAAGAACUGGCUAGGGGUGGGCGUCUUCGACGUGGCACGCGCCUGCGACAAGCAACUGUACAACCACAUGUACAAGGAGAAGGACUUUAGCAAGUUUGUCCGAUCAGAGGCCAAUGGGUCAGGGGUGGAGUACAAGGCCCAACACGUAGACCUGAGGGCCACCAUGUCCAAUGUUGGGAAGUCCAUCAUUAAGGUGGAGCUCUAUGAUAAAAUGGGGCAAAAAUAAGGGUAGACAAGCUGGUAGCUGAGCCAUUUUUCCAACUCACAGCAGGGAACAAGUUUAUAUUCAUACAUAAUC